AUGGCCGACACAAACACGCCUACACCUGCAGAGAAAGAAGCCAUACCAGUCGCCGAAGUCCAGCCACCAAAACCCGAGGAAGUGAAGAACGAGCUGCCUACACAAGCGGAGGAAGAGGAAUCAGACUGGGAAGAGCUUGAUGAUGUUUUGGAUGACUUCUCUGCGACGAAGACCACCUCCCAAGCCGCGCAAGACAAGAUAAUACCAGAGUCUCAAGAAAAGCAAGAAAAGUCAAAUUCAGAACUAUCAGCUGCCGACCAGGAUGCCCUAUUAAAACAACUAGAGGCUGGGAUGGCUGAAUUGAUGGGCGCUCUCCCCACAGAUGCGAGCGGGCAGCAGACAAAAGAGGGAGACUCCUCGAAGGAGAAAACGAACGAUAUACCAGGGAUGCCGCAAUCUCCCGGAAACGAAGACUGGAAUGCACUGACAGAAGAACUCGAGAAGAAAGGAUUUACGAUGACAGAUGUGAUGAAACUUAUGAUGGGUGAGGAGUUAAUGACAGGCGGAGAAGGCGUCACUGGAAUGGACGGGUCAACGACUACAGAUAAAGCAUCAGGCACAGCGAAGCAGCCAUCGCCCUCGACGAAAAAAGGGGAAGAUAACUUCCAGGAAACGAUUCAAAGGACGAUGGAACGAAUGCAAGAGUCAGGUGACAAAGCCACCGCAGAAGUCAACGAAAGCGGGAAUGAAGACGUAUUGAUGCAAAUUCUCAAGGCAAUGGAGAGCAGCGGCCUUGCUGGUGCUGGCGAGGGAGACGAUGGGAACCUCGAUAAGCUUUUCAUGGGGAUUAUGGAGCAAUUGUCGAACAAGGAGAUGUUAUAUGAACCUUUGAAGGAACUUGAUGACAAGUUCGGUCCUUGGUUGAGAGAGAACAAGGAAAAGAUAGGGAAGGAGGAUCGAGAGAGAUACGAAUUGCAGGCCUCCCUGGUAUCUGAUAUUGUUCGGAAGUUCGAAGAGAAGAACUUUUCAGAUGAUAAACCCGAGGACAGAGCUUACAUUUGGGAGAAGAUGCAAAAGAUGCAAGCCGCUGGAAGUCCUCCAGAUGAUCUCAUAUCUGCUCCAUUUAUGGACGAAUCAAAACUCCAGGCACUUGGUCAAGAAGGGUGCGCGCAGCAAUAA